AUGUACGCUACAGCAACAUUCCCUUAUGUCGUAACAACGAUAUUUCUUAUUCGUUCCGUCACUCUUGAUGGAGCAAUGAAAGGACUUUGGCAUAUGAUUAACCCUGAUGUAAGUCUCAUUGCUUUUGGAUCAUACAAUCCAUUGAAAAAUGACUGCAAAAAAGAUGCGAAAUGGCUAGCGUUGUGCAAUGUUGUCACUUCCUUGUAUACAGCUGUCGUUAUCUUUUGUGUGCUUGGAUAUAUGGGUCAUAAUACCAUGAAUACCUGCAUAGAAAAGGAUAUGGUAAUGAUGCAGUCCAUUUUCCCUGAUAAGUUUCCGACUGUUGAAGAUGUACGAAGAAUGUUCACUCAAGAGCAGUAUAUUGAGCUGAUGGAACACAAAUUUGUUGGCGAAUUCAGCAAAAUGGCUGAUCAUUCUCAGAUGUGCAACUACGCCACCAUUAUUGCCGAGGCUGCUGAAGGCACUGGUUUGGCUUUUGUCGUAUUCACGGAAGCAAUUUUGAGAUUCCCAUUUCCGCCGGCAUGGUCCGUCCUCUUCUUUCUAAUGCUUCUUUCACUUGGUCUUGGAAGCAUGUUUGGUACUCUUGAGGGUGUGAUAACUUCACUCAAUGACUCGCAUCUUAUUACGGUAACCAAGCCGGUUCUAACUGGCAUAUUGUGUGCUUCAGCGUGCCUCAUUGGUUUACUAUUUUCCACGAGAGCUGGACAGUAUUGGGUCGCACUAUUCGAUUCGUUUGCUGGUUCCUAUGCUCUCAUGUGCGUCGCAUUCUUUGAAGUGAUCGCUGUUGUUUACGUUUAUGGAUAUCGACGCUUUUCCCGUGAUCUUGAAUUCAUGACCGGUUCUACCCCAGGUCAGUACUGGCUGAUCACUUGGCGAUUUGUCGCCCCAAUCAUUAUGGCUGUGCUAUUUACCUGCAGCGUUGUGCAAUGCUUCUCUAAAUCUACCACUUACUAUGCCUACAAUCGGGAAACGACGAAGCAGCAAGAAACAGAAUAUCCUAUAUGGGCAAUGUUUAUCGCACUUCUUAUGGUCCUUCUCGCUAUCUUACCAACGUUCAGCGUAUGGUUCCUACGCUACUUCAAGAUCUGGAAGCUCGAAGCUGACAUUCCUGCGCGUAUGGUUCCUACGCUACUUCAAGAUCUGGAAGCUCGAAGCUGA